CGUAGCGCCCGGAACCGGGCACGGUUGGCCCGCUCUGCGCCCUUGUGACCGGGAAGAGGUUUGGGGGCGUCCCAAGCCCACACGGCCCGACGCAUCGGUGAGCCGGAACUACUUUGUGGACUGUUUGAUUUCUAGCAGAGGUUUACCUAAGUCAGUAGUGAAAAUGCACAUUAAGUCAAUCAUUCUUGAAGGAUUCAAGUCCUAUGCCCAGAGGACUGAAGUCAAUGGUUUUGACCCCCUCUUCAAUGCUAUCACUGGUUUAAAUGGUAGCGGGAAAUCCAACAUAUUGGACUCCAUCUGCUUUUUGCUGGGCAUCUCCAACCUGUCUCAGGUUCGGGCUUCUAAUUUACAAGAUUUAGUUUACAAAAAUGGGCAGGCUGGUAUUACCAAAGCCUCAGUGUCAAUCACCUUUGAUAAUUCUGACAAAAAGCAAAGUCCUUUAGGAUUUGAGGUUCAUGAUGAAAUUACAGUAACAAGGCAGGUGGUUAUUGGUGGCAGAAAUAAAUAUUUAAUCAAUGGAGUAAAUGCAAACAAUACCAGAGUACAAGAUCUCUUCUGUUCUGUUGGCCUUAAUGUUAACAACCCUCACUUUCUCAUCAUGCAGGGCCGAAUUACAAAGGUAUUGAACAUGAAACCUCCAGAGAUCUUGUCCAUGAUAGAAGAAGCAGCUGGAACCAGGAUGUAUGAAUACAAAAAAAUAGCUGCCCAGAAAACCAUAGAAAAAAAGGAGGCGAAGCUGAAAGAAAUUAAGACGAUACUUGAAGAAGAGAUUACUCCAACCAUUCAAAAAUUAAAAGAGGAAAGAUCUUCCUACUUGGAGUACCAAAAAGUAAUGAGGGAAAUAGAACAUUUGAGUCGUUUGUAUAUUGCUUAUCAGUUUUUGCUGGCUGAAGAUACCAAAGAACGCUCAGCUGAGGAGUUAAAAGAAAUGCAGGAUAAAAUUGUAAAGCUUCACGAGGAAUUGUCUGAGAAUGAUAAAAAAAUAAAAGUACUUAGUCAUGAAAUAGAAGAGUUGGAAAAAAGAAAAGAUAAGGAAAUUGGAGGUAUACUCCGAUCUUUAGAAGAUGCUCUUGCAGAAGCUCAGCGAGUUAAUACUAAAUCUCAAAGUGCCUUUGAUCUCAAGAAGAAAAAUCUGGCAAGUGAAGAGAACAAACGCAAAGAGCUGGAAAAAAAUAUGGUUGAGGAUUCUAAAACUUUAGCAGCAAAGGAAAAAGAGGUUAAAAGUAUAACCGAUGGGCUGAACGCCCUGCAAGAAGCCAGUAAUAAAGAUGCCGAAGCUUUGGCUGCUGCACAGCAGCACUUCAACGCUGUUUCCGCUGGGCUGUCCAGUAAUGAAGAUGGAGCAGAAGCAACUCUUGCCGGUCAAAUGAUGGCCUGUAAAAAUGACAUAAGCAAAGCUCAGACAGAAGCCAAACAGGCUCAGAUGAAGUUGAAACAUGCCCAACAAGAAUUAAAGACUAAACAAGCUGAAGUUAAGAAGAUGGAUAGUGGCUACAGGAAGGAUCAAGAGGCUUUAGAGGCUGUGAAGAAACUUAAAGGAAAACUUGAAGCUGAAAUGAAAAAGCUCAAUUAUGAAGAAAACAAGGAGGAAAACCUUCUGGAAAAGCGCAGGCAGCUGUCUCGUGAUAUCAGUAGAUUGAAAGAAACAUAUGAAGCUCUCCUGGCCAGAUUUCCCAAUCUUCGAUUUGCCUACAGUGAUCCAGAGAAGAACUGGAAUAGAAAUUGUGUGAAAGGACUUGUAGCUUCUCUGAUUAGCGUGAAAGAUACUUCUGCAACCACAGCUUUGGAAUUGGUGGCUGGGGAACGACUCUACAAUGUUGUAGUAGAUACAGAGGUUACUGGAAAAAAGCUACUAGAAAAGGGGGAAUUGAAGCGUCGAUACACUAUAAUUCCACUCAAUAAAAUUUCAGCCAGAUGUAUUGCUCCAGAAACUCUGAAGGUCGCUCAGAAUCUUGUUGGCCCUAACAAUGUUCAUGUGGCUCUUUCCCUGGUUGAAUACAAACCGGAACUUCAGAAAGCCAUGGAAUUUGUCUUCGGAACAACCUUUGUUUGUGACAAUAUGGAUAAUGCAAAAAAAGUGGCCUUUGAUAAAAGGAUAAUGACUAGAACUGUAACUCUAGGAGGUGAAGUAUUUGAUCCUCAUGGGACAUUGAGUGGAGGUGCUCGGUCCCAGGCAGCUUCUAUUUUAACCAAGUUUCAAGAACUCAAAGAUGUUCAACAUGAGCUGACAAUCAAGGAGAAUGAGCUACGGGCGCUAGAAGAGGAAUUAGCAGGUCUUAAAAACACUGCUGAAAAAUAUCGCAAACUAAAACAGCAGUGGGAGAUGAAAACUGAGGAGGCAGAUUUAUUACAAACCAAGCUCCAGCAAAGCUCAUAUCACAAGCAACAAGAAGAAUUAGAUGCUCUUAAAAAAAUCAUUGAGGAAAGUGAGGAGACCUUAAAAAACAGUGAAGAAAUUAAAAAAAAAGCAGAAGAAAAAUACGAAGUAUUGGAGAAUAAAAUGAAAAAUGCAGAAGCUGAAAGAGAGAAAGAACUGAAGGAUGCUCAGAAAAAGCUGGAUUGUGCCAAAAUGAAAGCAGACGCUUCUAGCAAGAAAAUGAAGGAAAAACAACAGGAAGUUGAAGCUAUCACUCUGGAGCUAGAAGAGCUCAAGAGAGAGCAUGCAUCCUAUAAACAACAGCUCGAAGCUGUAAAUGAAGCUAUCAAAUCCUAUGAAGGUCAGAUUGAAGUAAUGGCAGCUGAGGUGGCUAAAAAUAAGGAUUCAGUAAAUAAAGCUCAAGAAGAGGUGACCAAGCAAAAAGAAGUGAUAACAGCCCAAGACAAUGUAGUUAAAGCUAAAUAUGCAGAAGCGGCAAAAUAUAAGGAGCAAAAUAAUGAUUCUCAGCUUAAAAUUAAGGAAUUAGACCACAACAUCAACAAACAUAAACGGGAAGCUGAAGAUGCUGCUGCGAAGGUAUCCAAAAUGUUGAAAGAUCAUGACUGGAUUAAUGCAGAGAAACACCUCUUUGGGCAACCCAAUAGUGCCUAUGAUUUCAAAACUAACAACCCAAAAGAAGCUGGUCAGAGACUGCAGAAGUUGCAAGAAAUGAAGGAGAAACUAGGAAGAAAUGUCAACAUGAGAGCUAUGAAUGUACUGACAGAAGCUGAAGAGCGGUAUAAUGACUUGACGAAGAAGAAGAGAAUUGUAGAAAACGACAAAUCCAAAAUCCUUGCAACUAUAGAAGACCUUGAUCGGAAGAAAAACCAGGCCCUAAAUAUUGCUUGGCAAAAGGUGAACAAGGACUUUGGAUCCAUUUUCUCUACUCUUUUGCCUGGUGCCAAUGCUAUGCUUGCACCACCAGAGGGGCAAACUGUAUUGGAUGGUCUGGAGUUCAAGGUUGCCUUAGGAAAUACUUGGAAAGAAAACCUAACUGAACUUAGUGGUGGUCAGAGGUCUUUAGUGGCUUUGUCAUUAAUACUGUCCAUGCUGCUCUUCAAACCUGCUCCAAUUUACAUCCUAGAUGAGGUGGACGCAGCCUUGGACCUUUCUCACACCCAGAAUAUUGGACAGAUGCUGCGUACUCAUUUCACACAUUCUCAGUUCAUUGUGGUGUCCCUAAAGGAAGGUAUGUUCAACAAUGCAAACGUCCUUUUCAAAACCAAGUUUGUGGAUGGUGUUUCUACAGUAGCCAGAUUUACUCAGUGUCAAGAUGGAAAGAAUCCAAAGGAAACCAAAGCCAAGGCAAAAGGACCCAAAUGAUCACAUGGGGAAGUUAAAAGUACAGAUUUUCUCCUUCACCUUGACCUGUUUUUUAAACAAACUUUUUAAGAACUUGGGAUUUAUCUAACUUGUUUAUAUAAAAAGGUAAUGUUAUUUUGUUACUUAACCCGUACUUUCUCUUCCUUUAUGUAAUCACUUAUAAAUGAGCAUAGAUUCCUCUUUUCUUAGUGUUAACUAUGGUCCAAUUACUGUGAUUGUGAUUUUAUGUGUGUCAUCAAAUGUUUUAUUCUUUCACAAGUCUUUAUAUAUUAGGGAGCCUGAGAUACGUGGUUGGUGAUCACUUCUGUUUGUAAAAGCAAAAAUACAAAGAAACAGAUUAAAUUAAAUUGUAGGAUAAAUAUAGCUGAUAG